AGAUUUCAUCUGAACCGCUGUUCAAGUGGAUAAAAAUUGUCCCUUCAUCACUUAUGGAAAGUCCGGUGAGGGCAUAUGAAUAUAUUCAAAGUUUAAUCACAUUCAACACGGGGAGGAGAUUAAGGAAUAAUUAGGCUUUGAUAAAUCAACGUUCAACAGUUACGAGGAUUUCAGGGAAACUUACAUGAGGGCACAACAUGUACAGGAUCUUUGAUCAUACCUCGUCAACAUAUUCCCUAGUAAUUUCCAAUAUUCUUGUGGCCUGCAAGUUGCCCUGAUAGAUAAGGUAUAGAUGAAAUUGAUAAAAACAUUCUAAUAAAUACUGUACGCAAGAAACGAUCGACGUGUGUUUGUUUGUGAGUGUGUGAUCAGAAUUUGAAGUCACUUGCAGCGAGAACAGGUAACAGAUUAUGUAUUGAAUACAACAUGGCUAAUUGUCCCAUUCCAACCAUCACUAUAGUUCACGCAGAAAGUUUCUUAAACAUCAUGCACAUAUAUAUAUAGUUCCAUUCCCUAUUUUUCAAGCUACUAUAUAUUACGUUCUUCACCUGUAAAUCUCUUCAACAAGAAAGUACUUAUUUAAACAGAAAAACGAAAGUGAGGGAGCUAGCCAAGUUGGGGAGAAUGAUGAGCAAUGGAAUAAUGGAGAGAGCUCAAAAGAGCCUUGGAAGGGGAUUUGACUUAACUUCAGAUUUCAGACUCAAGUUCUGCAAAGGAGAAAAAAGACUGGUUUUCCUCAAUGAAGCAGAGAAAAAAGAGCUCAAGGUACCCGGCUUUGGGGUCAUCAAAGAUGUUUCUGUUGACAUAAAGUGUGACAAAGGUGAUCGUAUUCGAUAUCAAUCAGACAUCCUUGAGUUCCAUCAGAUGUCAGAGUUGUUCAACCAAAAAGCAUCUGUGCCAGGGAAAAUCCCAUCAGGGCUGUUUAACUCCAUGUUUGGAUUUGAAGGUUGUACCUGGGCAGCUGAUGCAGCUAACACCAAAUGUUUGGGACUUGAUGGUUACUUCAUAUCUCUAUUCAGUUUUCGUAUUGAUCGGUAUCCGCUUGUUCUCUGUGAUGAAGUCCGAAAAGCAGUUCCAUCGUCUUGGGAUCCAUGUGCUCUAGCAAGGUUCAUUGAAAAGUACGGUACCCAUAUUAUUGUGGGGUUAAGCAUAGGUGGCCAAGAUGUGGUUCUGGUCAGGCAGGACAAAUCUUCCAAUCUGGGUUCAUCAGAGCUGCAGAGACAUUUAGAUGACCUUGGCGAUCAAUUGUUUACAGGGAUAUGCAAUUUUACUCCAAAAGCUAGAGAUCAAAAGUCUAAGACACCGCAGGCUUUCAAUGUCUUUGAUCCACAACCUGUUGCCUUCGAUAGCUUCUCAUCCAUCAGGAGUACAAAAGACGGAAUCACUGUUCUAUGUGCCAAGAAGGGAGGUGAUACAUCAGUAAGUAGUCACUGUGAGUGGCUUCCGACAGUUCCUUCCAUGCCAGAUGCAAUUCAUUUUAGCUUCAUACCCAUAACUUCUCUCCUUAAAGAAGUUCCUGGCAAAGGUUUCUUGUCUCAUGCUAUCAAUCUCUAUCUUAGAUAUAAGCCUCCUAUAUCUGAUCUGCAUUAUUUUCUCGACUUCCAAUCUCUCAAGAUUUGGGCCCCUGUUCACAAUGACUUCCCACUAGGGCCUUCCACAAAUUUGGCCAGUUCAUCUUCAGCUCUUCACUUCUACUUGCUGGGCCCUAAAUUAUAUGUGAACACUUCUCAGGUUACGGUUGGAAAGAGACCAGUAACUGGAAUGAGAUUUUAUCUUGAAGGCAUGAAAUGCAACAGGUUAGCUAUACACCUCCAACACCUCGCAAACACUCCAUCAAUUCUUGCAAACAAGAUAGAUGACAGUAUUCAAUUAUGGCGAGGAACCGAUGAAACCGACAAUGAAGGAUACUUUGAAGCCAUACAUCGAAAAAAGUUUUCCCAUGUAUGCACAGCACCAGUAAAAUAUGACCCCAGAUGGAGUACUAGAGAAGAUGUAGCCUACAUUGUCACAGGGGCCAAACUUCAGAUAAAGAAUCACAACUCAAAGAGGGUUCUACAUCUUCGGCUACUGUUCUCCAAGGUUUCAUAUUCUCUUAUAGUUCAGUCAAGCUGGGCACAAGGCUCUUCAGGAUUUUCACAAAGGUCUGGCCUCUUCUCUGCCAUAAGCACGUCGGUCACAGGCAAUCCUGGGAAAGAGAAACCUAAGCCUGUGGUGGUGGAUUCCAGUGUGUUUCCAUCAGGGCCUCCAGUACCAGUGCAAACACAAAAGCUUUUGAAGUUCGUAGACAUAUCACAUUUGUGUAGAGGGCCACAGGACAGCCCUGGACAUUGGCUAGUAACAGGGGCUAGGUUGGACUUGGAUAAAGGGAAAAUAAGCUUGCAGGUUAAGUUCUCCUUACUAAACAUCUAACCAUGAAAAAAUCAAGGUGCAGCCAAGAAGUCAAGACAAUUAAUUUUCCUAUUGCGUGUUUUCUUUUGUAACUCAAAUAGAACUUCUAAAUUGUCCAUGCCGUCUGCAACAGUAUGUACAUAGAUUGGUGGCUGUUACACUCAUGAGAUUAUGAUGGAUAGGUGUAACAUAAGAUA